AUGGGGAAGCCAAAGGGCCGCUCUGGCAGAGACGAGGGGCAACGAGGCUGGAAGAGUGCACCCCGAGGUGGACCUCGUAACUGUGAGCCAUGCACCAACCCUUGUAGCGUGCCGUUGGCGAUGUGGGACUUUGAGCAGUGCGAUCCUGAUGCCUGCUCGGGUCGGCGCUUGUACCGUCACAAUGCAUUGCGUCUUUUAAAGCUGCGAGAACCCUUUCGUGGGGUUGUUCUCACACCAACUGCCACUGAGGCCGUGAGCCCUGCCGAUGCGGAUAUCGUUGCCCGCUUUGGUAUCGCGGUGGUUGACUGUUCGUGGAAGCAACUGCAUGCGGUGCCGUGGCGACAGAUGAAGAUGGGUGCUCCACGAUUGUUGCCGCUUUUAAUGGCCGCCAAUCCAGUCAACUACGGCCGACCAUCAAAGCUGAACUGUGCUGAGGCAUUGGCGGGGGCUCUCGCCGUUGUUGGCCGCAUGGAGGACGCGAGGUCCGUUUUGUCAUACUUUUCCUGGGGAGAGAGUUUUUUUGACAUUAAUGCGGAGCUUUUGGAGGGCUACAGCAGAUGCACCAACGUGGCAGACGUGGCGGCCUUUCAGGAACAGUACGUGGAAACUGAGGCGAGCGAAAGUGCGGCACGGCGGGAGAUUGAUUUAAAUAGUAUGGAUCUAAUGGCUGCGGGACCGCUAAACGUUAAACGGGGCAAACUAAGGAAUCGGCACACGUGGAAGAAGGAAGAACACAGUGAAGAAGAGGAAGAGGAAGAGGAAGAGGAAGAGGAAGAGGAAGAGGAGGAGGAAGAGGAAGAGGAAGAGGAAGAGGAGGAGAAAGAGGAAGAGGAAGAGGAGGACGAGGAAAAAGAGAAAGAGAAAUAUAGGGAGGAUGAUGAUGAGACGGAAGCUCAGCUGGGGAAAUUGGCAAUGCCAGGAGCUAAGGAGAGAGCCUGCAUUGCUAGGAGAGUGACUUCUUGUACGUUUUUUUUUUUAUUUGUGUGUGUGUCUGUGCGUGUGGUGCUCCUCCGGCGGGACGGUCAGUAA